GAGAAAGCAAGAGACCCAGUCCUGGGAAAGUCCUGCCGGCUAUACAGACAAUUAUAAAAAUGUGUUCCCCAGGGUCAGUGUUCCAACCGCCUCACCCUCGGCAUCCAGCUGCUCCUCUCAGAGCCGGUCCAGCAUGUGUCAGUCACGCUACCUCCUCUUUUUGGCCACCCUCGUCCUCUUAAACCACCUCAGUUUGGCCAGGGUCAUUCCCGUCUCUGGACCUGCCAAGUGUCUUAGCCAGUCCCAAAACCUGCUGAAGACCACGGUCGACAUGGUGAAUACGGCCAGAGAAAAACUGAAACAUUAUUCCUGCACUGCUGAAGACAUCGAUCAUGAAGACAUCACACGGGACCAAACCAGCACACUGGAGGCCUGUUUACCACUGGAACUACACAAGAAUGAGAGUUGCCUUGCUUCUAGAGAGACUUCUUCCAUAAUAAGAGGGAGCUGCCUGCCCCCACAGAAGACUUCUCUGAUGAUGACCCUGUGCCUUGGUAGCAUCUAUGAGGACCUGAAGAUGUACCAGACAGAGUUCCAGGCCAUAGAUGCUGCACUUCAGAAUCUCAACCAUCAGCAGAUCAUUCUGGACAAAAGCAUGCUGAUAGCUAUUGAUGAGCUGAUGCGGUCUCUGAAUCAGAACGGCGAGACUCUGCACCAGAGGCCUCCAGUGGCAGGCGCAGAUCCUUACAGAGUGAAAAUGAAGCUCUGCAUCCUGCUGCAUGCUUUCAGCACCCGCGUCAUGACUAUCAACAGGGUGAUGAGCUAUCUGAGCUCCUCCUGAGAGGCUCUCCGCCCCCCCCACCCCCCAUGGCGCCCUCUCCACGAAAAUAGGAACCACAGAAAGGUCAAUGAGAGGCGGGUCAGUAAGAGGAGCUCUUGGCCUGGUUGACCUUCUGCUCCCUCAGGAAUCUCUUCUCCUGUCACGUUCGUUCUUUCCCCCAAAGGUGGCACAGCUGCCUCAGCAUGGUCCCCUCCAUCACUUCUCUCAUAUUUAUGAUACAAGUUGUUUGUUAAGUUUUCAUCAAAAUAUUGUUAAGGGGAGAAUACGUUUUCCCCCAAUGCAUCAGCAGAAGAGCAAGAACUGAUAAGCUAUUAUUUUUGUGCCAAAGUGUUUAUGAAAACACUCAGUCACCCCUUAUUUAAAGAUAUUUAUUGUUAUAUUUUAUGCUCAUAAAAGUAUAUGAGUCUAUUUAUAUUUAUUUAUUUUCUAUUUAUUGUAAUAUUUCUUAUCAGGUGAAUUUGAAACAUUUUGAAAUAUAUCUUAUUUUGUGACUCUAAUAAAGUAAUUUAAG